AUGCCCGGUAAGCUGUUCUACCACUCAUUCUACAUCGUCAACUUCAUCAAUGCGGUUCUUUUCGGUAUCGAGCUUGUUCUGUUCUACAGCGUGGUGACAGCCAUCCACCGUCUUGAGCGCCCAACUCGAUUCGACAAGUUUCUCUAUGCGUUCUCCACCGUUCUCGUCAUUCUCAGUGCCACGAUCUGGAUCACCCAGACGUAUUUUGGGGAAGUCAUGUUUGUCACGCACGUGAACUAUCCUGGAGGGAUGAUGGCGUACUGGGACGCGCACUCGUCCGUAUGGUAUAAUACUUGGGGAAUAGCCGCAUGCAUUGUGAGCAACCUCAUGAGCGACGCACUGUUAGUGCACCGGUGCUAUAUAAUUUGGAACGACAAACGUAUAAUGAUUCUUCCUAUCCUCCUCUGGAUAUCUUCUCUCGCAUUCGGUAUCGGGAUAUUGUACGGAUGCGGUCGUCCUGGUACGGACUACUUCUCCGGCAUCACUGUAAUGUUCGUCAACGCCUACACGGCCACCACGUUCGCCUUCAACGUCGUCGUCACCAGCUGUAUUUGCUUCCGCAUCAUCGCCGUCUCGCGCACGAUGCGCCACGCGGGGUACGCCCACAGCGGCGACGUCCGUAUGUACACCGGCGUGGCGGCCAUCUUCGUCGAGAGCGCGCUGCCGUUCACGAUCUUCAGCUUCAUCUACCUUGUCACCUACGCCGUCGGAAGCGACAUCGCGUACCUCUUCUCGUUCUACAUCAUGUUCACGGGCAUCUCUCCCCUCAUGAUCGCGCACCGGAUAUUCUCGCGGUGCGCCUGGACGCGCUCCUCCGCCACGCUCUGUACGAGCGGCACGACGACCACGCUCUCCUCGCGUGGGGGUCACGGCGCCGACCUGGCCUCCAAAGGACCCUCAUCUACGGGCCGGGCGAGCUCCGCGCACGAGUGCGCGCUCACUUCGCGCCCUGCGCACGCCCGCGUACACGGCGAGUUCGAGCUCGCGGACCUGGAUGGGAAGGGACCGCCGGCGAAGCGGGCCCCGCUAGAGCUGCACGAGGGCCACCGGACGUCGUUUGUGCCGCUCCGAGAUGUCGCACUGGGAGAGGUGAGGAAGGGAGCGGACUCGAUUGAUGGUCUCCCGGUGUAG